ACCACAUUCGGGUCGCGCACAAUCAUGCGUCCCAAGCUGGAGCGCGUCGUUACCGCGACCGCAGUCUCGUCCCCGUGAUAACGCCGACGACAUCGCAUUGUUAUCGGUGACGCCGUCUACGCGAUUACCAGACACCGUCACUUUGUUUCGUUUCGUAGUUGGGUUUCGGUGUGUACGGUUAACAACGAUAGUAUUAUAACGUAGCGAUAUGUCGUCAUCGUCGACGACGACGACGAUCACAGACGACCGUAGUAAUUAUUAUCGUCGUCACCGCCGUGUAAGUGUAACGACAACCGCAGAUGACGAAGCAACAAUAAUAUAAUAUACUGUUAAACAGAUCGGUAGGUGUAUUUUUAAACAUUUUAUCGCAGCAACGUUAAAUAAUAAUUACGUAUUUUCGCGACUAACAACAUCCUUUGAACCGCGUACGCGUGACGAGUAACGACAGCCACGGACAAUCGGACUCGUGGUCUCAUUCGUCGGGUCGGUGGACAUGUAAUGCGGAACGUUUGAACCGGUCGACUAGUGGCUGAGGAUACGAAAUAAUAAUAUUAAUAUUACAAUCAUUAAGUGAAGCAAAAUGGCCUCAUCACUAGCUAUAUCGUCUGUAAUAUUGUUAACAUGCUUGGCAUGCUACUACAAUAGUCUUUAUUGUGACUUCGUUUUUGAUGAUAUUAGUGCUAUUAAAGACAACCGUGAUUUAAAACCUCAAACUCCUGUAUGGAACAUAUUUUACAACGAUUUUUGGGGCACGCCAAUGCAUAAGGAACAAAGCCAUAAGUCAUAUCGACCUUUAACGGUUUUAACCUUCAGAUGGAAUUAUAUGAUUCAUCAGUUGGAACCCAUGGGAUAUCACCUUGUGAACAUACUUCUUCACGCCAUAACAAGUGUUCUCUAUUAUAGAGUCUGUCAUACUAUAAUGGCGUCCGAAUUUACUAGUUUUAUGGCUGCCAUGCUUUUUGCUAUUCACCCCAUACAUACAGAGGCCGUUACUGGUGUAGUUGGACGAGCAGAAACGCUAUCGUCAGUGUUUUACUUAUCUGCGUAUUUAUUGUAUACUGAAGCAACCAAGAGAAAAAAAUACUCUGGAUGGAAGCCUCUAACACUUUCUGCGGUCUGCUUGAGUGUAGCUAUGCUAUGUAAAGAACAAGGGAUCACAAUAGCUGGAGUUUGUGCUCUUUACGAAGUUUUCGUCGCACAAAAGAUUAGGCCGAAGGACCUGCUUAACUCGUUCAAACUGUCUGUGGCCGUGAAUAGUCAGUCGAACACCAGCGGUGGGAGCAACGGUGGCGGAGGUGGUUCGCCAAAAACUGGAAACGGAAACGCGGCUUCCACCCCGUUGGGCGUGCUACAGGCCAUUCCGUCGGACGCUGUCAAACGGCUGGCGUUUCUGUUUUUGUCCACGUGUUCUCUACUGGCGUUCAGACUUAAGAUCAUGGGCUCCAAACUGCCCGUAUUUACUAGGUUUGACAAUCCAGCCAGCGUAUCGGAUUGGCCUGCAAGACAACUGACCUAUAACUAUCUAGUGAGCGUUAAUGCUUGGUUACUGAUAUUUCCAUGUGACCUAUGCUGCGACUGGACCAUGGGCACUAUACCACUAGUUGAAUCGACUUCGGAUCCCAGAAACCUGGCAACUUUGGCCACAUACACUGUGAUCGUCGCACUCGUGUAUACGGCAUUCACGACGUCGAAUCGAAUCAAACGCAUUGUUGUUAUUAUGAGUUUGGGAUUGACCGUUCUGCCAUUUCUCCCCGCAUCGAAUAUGUUCUUUCCUGUAGGAUUUGUCGUAGCGGAACGUGUCUUGUACAUGCCAUCAAUGGGAUUUUGUAUGCUUGUCGCUUACGGCUUGGGACUCAUCAUUGAUAAAUGCAAAUCCCGGUUGGUUUUGACAGCCGUCGCUGUUAUUAUGGUCGUUCACGUAGUGAAAACUUACACGAGAAACUGGGACUGGUCGUCCGAGUACGCGAUAUUCACAUCUGGAUUGAAAGUCAAUAAACUAAAUGCUAAAUUGUACAACAACGUCGGUCACGCCUUGGAGGCCGAAAAUCGGUUCCAAGAAGCUCUUGCGUACUUCCACAAAGCCGUCAAUGUACAACACGAUGAUAUUGGUGCUCACAUUAAUGUCGGCCGUACGUAUAACCAUCUGAAAAUGUACAAGGAAGCCGAAGACGCUUACUUAGAGGCCAAAUCAUUACUCCCUAAAGCCAAACCGGGUGAAUCAUACCAAGCCCGUAUAGCUCCCAACCAUUUAAACGUCCUACUGAACUUAGCAAAUCUAAUUGCUAAAAACCAGACACGUCUGGAAGAGGCGGACAUGCUUUACCGGCAAGCCAUCAGCAUGCGGUCUGAUUAUACACAAGCGUACAUAAACCGCGGUGACGUUUUGCUCAAACUCAACCGAACAAAAGAGGCGCAAGAAGUGUACGAACGAGCUUUAUUCUACGACACCGAUAACCCAGACAUUUACUACAAUCUGGGCGUCGUAUUAUUGGAACAGGGUAAACAUUCACAGGCGUUGGCUUACUUAGACAAAGCUCUAGAAUUCGAUCCAGACCACGAACAGGCAUUGCUCAACUCAGCCAUACUGCUCCAAGAAUUAGGGCAAGCAAAUUUAAGAAAACUUGCCGAGAAGAGACUUCUCAGGCUCCUGUCAAACGGUCAAAAAAACGAACGAGUAUUUUUCAACUUAGGCAUGCUAGCUAUGGAUGAAGGAGACGUACCGGCGGCAGAACAUUGGUUUCGUCAGGCGAUCCUCAUUAAAGAGGAUUUUAGGGCUGCUCUGUUCAACCUGGCUUUACUAUUGGCUGAUGAUCACAGACCACUGCAAGCAGCCCCAUUUCUCAACCAGCUGGUCAGAUUUCAUCCAGACCAUGUCAAAGCUCUGAUAUUGCUGGGAGACAUAUACAUCAACAACAUCAAAGAUCUAGAUGCAGCUGAAAACUGUUACCAGAGAAUAUUGCAACUGGAUCCAGACAACACGCAAGGGAUGCACAACCUAUGCGUGGUGUAUGUUGAACGGGGCCUACUGAAAGAGGCAGAAACUUGCUUGCAAAAGGCCCAUCUAAUGGCACCACAUGAAGACUACAUUGUCAAACAUUUAAAAAUUGUACAAAACCGCUUGCAGGCAAAACAGACUCCUAAUCAACUCAAUGAGAAUCGCCCAGAUUCUAAGGAAAUCCGAAAAACUGAAAAAGACACAACUCGUCCUGACACCAAUUUGAAGUCGGAUACCAAACCGUCUACAUUAUCGUUGUCAUAA